GAUAACUAGUAUAAAAUAUAUAGAUAAUUGUGGACAUUUUCCAUUGUUUUGGCACAAUUAUUCAUUUGCAAAGUGUACAGGACUCUUAUUCAGAAGAAUUCCCAAAAUCCGUGACUCGGAAGUACUUAGUUCUUCUUGCCUGUGUCACAGUUUCUGGACCAGAGUUUUGUAUUGCCUUUGGUCGGACUUUUGCCCAAACCCCAGUGUCCGAUUACAAUUUCCACGUUAGCGUUUUUAAAUUCGCGUUGGAGAUAGGACUUGGUUGAUAUAUGUUAUUUAGGCAACGCUAGCUAGCUGCUUACAAUGGCUAACUGUAUGGUUUUCCACACUCAAAUAGCAUCCGUCAUGGAGGUGCUAGCGAAUGCAGCCGUGUCAGAGAUCUGUAAACUCGUAGACGACGACUAUGCAGUGUUUCGUUUGGAAAUUUCUCAAAGCCAGAAAGAAAACAGGACAUUGCGGAGGAAACUACAGCUACUGGAACUGAAGAUGGCACGGGAGCGCGCAGAGAGGACAAUGCGAGAGCGCGUCCUCGCAAGUCGUCCAAGAAGUGUCAAGAUUCUCGACCAGUACAGAGGAAUAGCAAGAGGUGAAGGACAUCUCACUGGAGGCCACAGAAGCUUUGUGAAGCCAGCUGGACACAAUACAUGGAGAGAUGACCAACCAAUCACAGUUGAUGAAGGGAGUGGAACCUCAACCCAGCACAUUAUCAUAAUAGAGUCUGCAGAUGCGGAGGCUGCAGGUCCUGGGGUUAAGCAGGAGAUGGCUGAAGGAGAAGAGAACCCACGGCACAGCAGAGACAGCCAGACUGCAGCGGCUGGAGUGCCCCCUGUAACCACGGAGGACCCCACCACCGCCCCAGCGCAGCCCAGCAGCAUCACGGAGGAGGAGGGUCCAGAGGUGCUGCUGGUGAAGGAGGAGGGGUGUGAGGAGGGUCUGGGGAACCCUGAGGGGACCAUAGUCAUGGAGGACAACCAGACUACACCUCCUCCUGAACCCACAGCGGAACCAGCUGAGCAGCACAGGACCACAUACAGUCUCACUGAGUCAGUAGACAUGGAGGAUGGGAAGCCUGAUCUGUUGUUGGUCAAAGAGGAGACAAUAGAAGACGGACCAGAGAGUGUUGAUCUGCUGAGUGGACUAAAGAUGGGGGAGCAAGGUGGUUGGCUGGAGGCUAACAGAGGAAACUGGGCGACGAUCUUGGAUUCUAAGACAGGUGCAGCCAAGGGCCCGGUGGACAACAUCACCGAGCAGGCCAGGACCACAGGCGACAUAGUGGAUGUCAGUGGAAGGGACAGCAUCCUCAACUCUGGGCUGGUGAACAACACUGUUAACCACAACCAGAAACAGACAGUCGAACACAAAACAACAACCGAUCAUAGUCUCAAUGACAACAGACUGGCUGAGACCAGGGUGAGGAUUAGAUUUGGUCUGCGGGGACAGGGAGGUGUCUGUAUUCGGCUGGAGAGAACAGACACAGACACGGCUAGCGAUGCUCCAUCCUGCUCCUAUAGUUGUGAUUCAGAGAGACUGAUGGUGCCUCAGGUUAACCCUCCAACAGGUGCUGCCUUCAGCCUGCCUUCUAUAGGAUCUAUCAUCUGGAACAUGGACCCUGCCACAACACAGACACUCCCUGGCAUUCGACCUCCUCACACUCCCCUUAUGUUAAACCAGACCUCAGACAAUUCCAGUGCCUCAACACUAAAUAGCUACACAAGCCCAUUGACAAAUGACAUUAGUUGUGACACUAUCAGCAGAUCUGGUGGCAAAGAGAAGCGCUUCCCGUGUUCGUUCUGUGGGAAAGUCUUCAGUUUCCCCAAACAGGUGGAGAUCCACCAGAGGAUGCACACGGGGGAGAAACCUUUCGGCUGCCACCUGUGCCGGGCCAGUUUCUCCCACUCGUCCAGCCUGACGAGGCACCAGAGGGUCCACACAGGGGAGAAACCCUACAGCUGUCCCCAGUGUGAGAAGAGGUUUUCCCACCAACAUCAGCUGAAGAGGCACCUGAAGGUCCACACGGGAGAGAGGCCAUUCACCUGUACGCACUGCGGGAAGAGGUUCUCAGAGGGGAGAUACCUCAGGACACACCAGCAGAAAAUGCACACGGCCCAUGUAUAGAGUACAGUGACAUGUAAUGUAAUACUAGUUUGUUUGUAGUUAAUUCUGUUGGUUUUGGAUGCAGUAGGGAACUAUAUGAAGUGAACUGAGGAAAGAAUGAGUAUGAUGAGGCAGAGUAGAUGAUAUGGUGAUGGUGUCUGUAAAAAUGCUUCACUGAUGAAAAGUGACAACCUUGACCUGUUUGAUGCUGUUUUUUAUAAUGAGGAAAUAUUAGUGCCUUAAUUCAUGUUUACCUGACUAAGUAUUGAACACAUUUAUUUUGGUUAUUGAACUACAGAAGGUAUAGUGGAUUUACAUCUGAUAAUGGAAUUACAUCUUGGGUCCCUGAUCUAUACUAUACAGAAAUGUAUAAUUAUGGCUAUGAAUGUCAUUCGCUUCAUAGUGAUGUAUCCUCAUUAGGUACACAAAGGUAGAGAAAUAUGUAAUAUCCGUAUUUUGCAUAUUUGGGUAUUAUUCUACACACUAGCUAUUAUUGUAAUGAGCUCCGCCACCCCAAACAAAAUCUUGUUUCACAAGUUUGGACAUCACAGAAGAGAACCGUACAGGACAGUAGAGUACAUUGUACUGUGUUCUCUAAUGUGCUCUACUGUACAAUACUUUACUAUUCUGUUGUUCUGUACUUUACUGUUGUUACAGGCUUUGGUUUUUCCAUUUAUAUUUCGAGGUUGGACUUUAGCACGUUGGGCGCACCAAUUGGUGUCACCUCGUUGAUCAGUAUGUGUUACACCUGUGCUGGCUGUCAUCUCGUUAGUCAGAAGGGUUUUCACCUGUGCUGGCCCAGUGCUCCAGAUGGCUUGAGAGAUGUGGAGGGUUAACACCUUUAGUGUAUAUAUUUUAUUUUAUUUUCACUGUUUUCGUUUUGUUCCACUUUUUGGUUUGCAUCCAGUCUUUAUGUUUGGUGUGGGUUUUAAUUCAGUUUGCCGUUUUUUGGGCAAAUUUAAUGGCCGCUCAUGGUGAGUGUCUUUUAGGUCCCAGUUGUUGUUGCUAGACAACUUUCAGUGGACAACCCCAUGACUGUCUUUCAGAACCCCUCCUAGAACCCCACCUGUUUCGUUUUGGUUUUUGUUCGUUCCCCUUUCUGUUGGAGACCCAAUUUUUGGUUUCAAAAUAGGGGCUCGUCCGAGAUCUUCAAGCCCAGGAGUAUGGUAGUUGCUCUAAUCUACUCUGAAGCUCUGCUUUGCCCAGAUAUUAGGGUGUUCAAAAGACACUUUUGUGGUAGAGUUUCUGUCACUGACAUCCACCCUGAGAGCUUUGGUGGAAAAGUUGAACACAGGCUAAUAAAUUUAAAAAAGUUCAAAAAGCCAUGGACUUUAAGUUGGAAGCGUUUGUGGAAAACCCUACAUGGAAGAUGCUAGAACAAUGUACGAAGAAGAAUCUGCUCGUCAUUGCAAAGCAUUGUGACAUCAAAGUUGUACAAGCCGAUUCAAAAGCAGUAUUCAAAGAGUUAGUCUAUACUGCUUUGGUGGAGGAGGAAAUGCUUCCGGAGAGGGAAGGAUGAUGAAAAGGGUCCUACGGGUGGUAGAGUACACCCCAUAGACGUGCAACUGCGAGAGGUAGAACUAAAGGCAAAAAGAAAACAGAAGCUUGAGCACAAGGAAAGGGAAAGAGAACAUGCAGCCAGACAACAAGAACAGGAACGUGAGCAUGCCAUUAAGAUUAGGAGAGAUGGAUCUAGAAGCAUUCCGAAUCCAGUGAAGCCAUCUUGCAACUUCGCCAGAUUUUGAUCUUGGUCAGAACAGCCGACUUGUAUCGCCUUUCAACUUAAAGGAGUUGGACGUAUAUUUUACUCGGUUUGAGCGGAUUGCCAAAUUCCUAAAAUGGCAGCGAAAUACACUAUAUAUACAAAAAUAUGUGGACACCCCUUUUAAUUAGUGUAUUCGGCUAUUCCAGCCACACCCGUUCCUGACGUAUAUAAAAUCAAGCACACAGCCAUGCAAUCUCUAUAGACAAACAUUGACAGUAGAAUGGCCUUAAUGAAGAGCUCAGUGACUUUCUGCCCUGCUAGAGCUGCCCCGGUCAACUGUAAGUGCUAUUAUUGUGAAGUGGAAACAUCUAGGACCAACAACUUCUCCGCCAUGAAGUGGUAGGCCACACAAGCUCACAGAAUGGGACCGCCGAGUGCUGAAGCGUGUAGCGUGUAAAAAUCGUCUGUCCUCAGUUGCAACACUUACUACCGAGUUCCAGAUCUCCUUAGGAAGCUUCAUGAAAUUGGUUUCCAUGGCCGAGCAGCCGUGGAGGAGAAAUAAUGGUCUAGGGCUGUUUUUGAUGGUUCGGGCUGGGCCCCUUGGUUCCAGUGUAGGGAAAUGUUAACGCUACAGCAUACAAUGACAUUCUAGACGAUUCUGUGCUUCCAACUUUGUGGCAACAGUUUGGGGAAGGCCCUUUCCUGUUUCAGCAUGACAAUGCCCCCAUGCACAAAGCGAGGUCCAUACAGAAAUGUUUUGUCGAUCGGUAUGGAAGAACUUGACUGCUGCUCCAAAGUGUUCUUGUGGGAAAAGCUGAGAAAGUGUACGCCGCUUUAUCUCUUGACCAGAGCUCAGAUUAUUACACUGUUAAUGUGUCUAUCCUUCAGGCUUACGAGUUGAUCUCUGAGACAACAGUUCCGUAAAUGACAAAAUACAGAAUCACAAAGCAAUGUUGAAUUUGCAAGGGAACACGUGUGUCUUUUUGAUCAGUGGUUUGGUUCUCAAGAGGUCAAAGACCUUGAGGAUUUAAAGACACUCAUCAAGCACUGCAGCAGUAAUGAACGUAGGAAAGUGUCAGAAGAGGACUGGCCACCCCACAGCCUGGUUCCUCUCUAGGUUUCUUCCUAGGUUUUGGCCUUUCUAGGGAGUUUUUCCUAGCCACCGUGCUUCUACACCUGCAUUGCUUGCUGUUUGGGGUUUUAGGCUGGGUUUCUGUACAGCACUUUGAGAUAUCAGCUGAUGUACGAAGGGCUAUAUAAAUAAAUGUGAUUUGAUCUAU